CCCAGGGAGGGAAGGAAGGAGGGAGGCCCCAGGGAGGGUCCGGAAGGCAGGCAGGCAGGCAGGCGGGGCCCAGGGAGGGAGGAAGGACGGACCCUAACGCCAACCGCUUAGGGAACUCUGCACGCGCCCAGAGGCCGAGGGCCCCAGGAGACUCCCGAGGGGGCCCUUAGGGAACUCUGCACGCGCUCAGAGGCCGCUCCGGACGACGCCGGGCCUGGCAGCCCCUCUCCUGCCGCCCUUGGCUUCGCUCCUAACGCUCUUGGCGCCGGCCUCGCUUCCCUUCCCUUCCCUUCCCAGCAGCGGACGAUGGGCGCUGCAGUCCCCGCUCCGAGGCCCCGCCCCUCUCUCCCUCGGCGCAUGCGCGGGGUCCCCGGUGGGCGGGGCGGACGCGGGGUUGCCAGGCGACGGCGUGGAGGGGCGGGGCUGGCGGCGGCGGCGGCGGAGAGACAGAAGAAGAGGAGGAGGAUGAAGGGCGGCAGGGGCUCCGCCAAGAAGGGCGCCAAGGCCAGGCCCAGGCCGCCCUCCGCCGAGCCAGCUCCGCCGAAGGCACCAGGAGGAGCCGGCCCCGGCCCCGGCCCCGGCCCCCCAGAGCUCAGUUGCGAGGCCCGGGCAGCCAUCACCCUGCAGUGUGGCUUCCGCCGCGUCUUGGCGUGCCGGGAGAGAAGGCGGCGGCUGAAGGAGCGCCAGGAGUACAACGACUUAAUGGAGCGCCUGCAGAGAGAGGCCUUUGUGGCUCUGGUGAAGCACGAACAGGCGGAGGCUGAGCAGGAGAGGAAGAAAGAGGAGGAGGAGAAGCGGAGGCAGCGAGAGGAGCAGCAGAGACGGAAGCGGAUGCUGGAGGCCGCCUUUGAGGGGGACGUGGAAGAGAUGGUGGCCGUCCUGAAAGAGCGCAGCCUUCUCUUCCUCCUCCCUCCAUCUUGCCUUCCUAAGGUGGCUGAGCUGGAUACGCGGAAUGGUGUGGGAUCUGACGAGGCAGGGAAGGUGCUUCGGCUCCGACACCGCCUUGGCAUGGUGGACUGCACCGAUGCCAACGGCAACACCCCGCUCUCCGAGGCCGCUGGGGGUGGUCACCCCGAAGCUAUCCGGAUGCUGAUUGAGAAUGGGGCUAAUCCAAACAGCCGGGGUGCCUUUAACCGGACCCCUCUCUACCGGGCCGCAUUUGGGGGCCACCUGGCAGCCGUGGAACUCCUCCUCCAGCAUGGUGCUGACCCCCGGCUUUACGCUGAUGAUGGCAACACCCCCGAGCAGGUGGCUUCUUUGGAGAGCUUGGUGGCCGUCCUGAGCUCCUGGGACAUUGGCCUGACAGAUUCCAUGCUCCAGAAGAUGGAGGCUGAGCGGCAGCGGAGGGCCCAGCAGGACCAACAGCAGAAGGAGGCCGAGACGCGCCGGAUGACGGAGGAGGUGGAGGCUUUGGCCAAGGAGCACGAACGAUGCAGCAAGGAGCUGCAGCAGGCCUACAGUGAACUUAAUCGGCGCAUCACUGAGCAUGACAAGUGCCAGCGGAAGCAGAUGGACAAUGCAGAGAUCACCCUCCACGCGAUUGCUGAUGCGGAGGCGCUGGUGGAGCGACUGCGCGGAGUGGCAGAGGCGGCCGAGGAGAAGCUCUCUUUGGCCCGGCUGAAGCUGCGGGAACAGAUGCAGGAUGGCGCUGUGGCCGAGUUGCCCGGCCUGAAAUGCUCGGUGCAGGAGCUGGACGACGUUCUCUUGAAAGACGUGGGUGGAAUCAUUGAGGCGGAUGGCCGGUGGCCACUGGUCAUAGACCCGUCUGGCCAGGCAGCCAUUUUUCUGCGGUAUCGCGACACCAAUUACCUGAACACUGUGAAUCCCAGUGACAUGACAGUGGAGACCAUCCGCCUGGCCCUGUUGGGCUCCCUCCGUCCACUUACAGAAACAUUCUUUCUACUUGCCGCUUGGACCCACCUCCCCAGGUAUGGAAAGCCCGUUGUCUUUGACAUGAUGGAGGUGAACAUGUUUGACACAGUGAAGAGGCAGCUGGAGCGCCUGGAGCCGGGGCUGGGCGACGUGGUCCUGAGCCGGAGGAUCCUGGAGGAUGAACGGUACCUCUCCCUGCGGAGGCCGACAGACAGACCAGAAUAUGAGGAGACGGAGUUCCAGGCGGCCCGGACAAAGCGGUUCCGGCUCUUCCUGGUCACCAAGCGGCAUCAUCCACCGGAGGAGCUGCUCCAGCGCUUCCUCCCCGUCCAGGUCAUCCUUUCUCGCAGCAGCCGCAAGCGGAGAAGCUUCCGAAGAGCCCCUUUGCUACCGCUGUCCCCCCUGCACCCCUGAAAGUCCAGCAGUGGGGCCCAGGGCUCCCAUCAGAACACAGAAGUGCUCUGCCUUUUUUUUUUGGCCCCCCCCCCCCCCCCAGGUUCCAGGCACACAUUUGGCCCCUGUCUCUGUGGCUCUUGAAGGGGCAGCCUUCCCACCAAUAAAAUAAGUGUC